GUAAAAGCUAUAACAUCCCAGGGGAAUUGUUAGGCUGCUUUGAGCUGUAUGUAACAAAGCAUAUUUGCCAGUUCGGCUCUUCGAUUCUCUUGAUUUGCCCAUCAACAUCAGCAUUAUGCACUUAGACAAAUCCCAGCCCGCUUCCAUUAACAAGUCCAGACCAUAUCAGGGUGUUCGAGUCAAAGAUCCAGUCAAAGAGUUGCUGCGGAGGAAAAGAAGUAUGGAUCUACUAAGCACAAUUCCACAGACGCAAGAGCUGAUUACACACAACAACCAGACGACCUUCAUACAAGGAACCUUUAGGCAUGAUGUCGCCAGCUGCUCCCAAGAAAAGUCUCCAGUAUGUGAUGGAGAGAUGGCACAAUGGAGGGCCUCACUCCCUGUUACAAACCCUGGAAUUCAGCCUGCAAUAACAGCAUGCUCCUCACCCGACUAUAACCAGCAGGCCACCUCCACUCAGCCUCCAACCUGCCUGUCUAGCCCAGCUUUGACAGCUGAUGUCUAUGUGCAAACUCUCUGCCCCAGUUACACCAUGCUAACGUACACGCAGACACCACUGCUCACUAACAUUGGGACAAUACCUUUGGCUGGACCAACAUGCUCCCUUUCUCAGAUGGAACACCAGGGACUAGGGCGUGCUUACAUACCCUGGACACAGCCCCUCACCACCCUCUCAACAAUGCUCUCAGGUGUCCAGUUUGCUGCAGGGUCUACAACUUUUUCAGGGUCUUCUUUGGUACACAUGCCUAUGUCCAAGUCUUUGACCACAAUGGUCUCUCAGCAAGAUACCUUAGUAAUAGAUUCUCAGCCUCAGAUAUUGGAGCCACUUCAGUAUUCAGAGCAGACAAUUCACAAGCCACACAAUGAGGAGCUGGAUCAAGAUGUAGAAUUAGAGGCAUCAACAUUACUUGAUAAAAUUCUGGAGAAUCAGGGGAAAGUUGGUGAAUUAGGAGGCACGGUGUCAUACAGUAACUCACUCUUCUUAUCGAAUGCAUUUUGACUUAUGUGUUUGUUAAUAGAUAGAAAUAAAAAGUUUUUAAAAAAUGUAUAUGAUAAGGGAUUUUAUUUGCACUUGUCCCAGAAUCCAAAUAGCAAGAGUCAAACAGGUCAAUUUUAUACACCACUUACUAGUCCUCAGAAAUGUGUUGAAUUUUUGUUUGUUUGUUUCUUCUAAGGCACCUAUUUUGCAGAAGAAAACUAACAACUUUUCACUAAACAAAUACUUUCCAAACAAUAUACUGUAUGUACCCUACUAAAUUAAGGAUAAACUUUUUUCACUUUACUCAGGAAAUGUCUCACCCACAAUGAAAUCUUAGCCUGUUUAGUAGAACACAUCACUUGUUCCUGUAUUAGUUGAAACAGGUGGCAAUAUACAGUUAAUUGUGUGUGUGUGAAUGGGUGAAUUUGAAAUUGUAAAGUGCCUUGUGACUCUGGUCUAAGACAGGCGCUAUAUAAAUAAAACUUACUUGUACCCUCUGCCUACCAGUGAUGACAUCUGCUUCUCACUA